UAUGAAAAAAAAAAGUGAAAAUGAAAUCAUUCUUCAAUAUGCAUAUCCAAGACUUGAUGAGACAAUAUCAAUAAUUAUUAAUCGUUUGUUGGAAAUAUGUGUUCCAGAAACUUGUGGUAAUUUUAAUUCAUUAGAUGUUUCAACAGUCAUAGUGUUGAUUCAGAAAAUGGAUCAAUCAUAUCAUGAAAAGGCUUCAUUAAAACCUCAUAUAAAGUAUUUUGAUAAUUUUCUUCAAAAUACCUUGAAAGGAACCAAAGCUAAACGAAG